UUCAGUUGUGAGACGGAGCUUCAACGAGCAGCUGCAGGAGUGGCUGUGCGUGUGCUUCUGACUCGCUGCAAACAUGGCUGCUCAGGAUGAGCUGAAUCAGCUGGAGCGUGUCUUUCUACGCUUGGGCCACGCGGAAACAGAUGAGCAAUUGCAAGAUAUCAUAUCCAAAUUUCUCCCCCCUGUCCUGCUCAAGCUGUCCAGCACUCAAGAAGGAGUGAGGAAAAAAGUGAUGGAAUUGCUAGUUCACUUGAACAAACGUAUCAAGAGUCGACCCAAAAUACAGCUGCCUGUGGAAACCCUGUUAGUGCAGUACCAGGAUCCUGCAGCGGCAUCCUUCGUGACUAAUUUCACUAUAAUUUACAUCAAAAUGGGUUACCCUCGGCUGGAGGUGCAGAAACAGUGUGAGCUGGCCCCAACUCUGCUGACAGCGAUGGAGGGAAAACCUCAGCCGCAGCAAGAUGGGCUAAUGCAUCUCCUGAUUCCCACCUUGUUCCACAUGAAGUACCCUUCUGAGCCAUCAAAAGUUGCCUCACCAUUUAUCCUUGUUGAGAAGCCAAAGACAGUCCACUUACUACUAGAUUUCAUGUUAGAUGUUCUUCUAAUGCCUUAUGGGUUUGUUCUGAAUGAGCCCCAGAGCCCAGCUGGGUCCGCUGCAGGGGCCAGUGCUGGACAGGGCCUCCCCCAGCCACCCCCCGGCAUGAGCUUCUACGCAGCCAAGCGCAUCAUUGGAGAAACACCCUGGAGCCCAGAGCAGCUAGAGCAGUGCAAGCUUGGGAUAGUGAAGUUUAUCGAGGCGGAGCAGGUCCCGGAGGUGGAGGCUGUGGUCCACCUGGUCAUCGCUUCCAGUGACACCCGCCACAGUGUUGCCACGGCAGCAGACCUGGAGCUGAAGAGCAAACAGAGCAUCAUUGAUUGGAAUAAUCCCUUAAUAAUUAACAAGAUGUACAAGGUUUACCUGGGCGACAUCCCUCUCAAAACGAAAGAGGGGGCAGCUUUGAAGCCGGAACUGAAGCGGGAGCCGGUCAGUACAAGGGUCAAGCUGAAGAUCCUCCCCCACCUCUUGAGGUCCAGGCUAGCCGCCGAGACAUUCCCUGCCAACAUCCAGGUUGUUUACGAUGGGCUGUUUGGCGCAAACACCAACAACAAGCUGCGGUCCAUGUCCCUGCAGUUCGUUCAUCACAUCUGUGUGGUGUGUCCUGAGACUAACAAACCCCUGGGUCUGAUGCUUCUCAAUGGUCUAACAAAACUUAUCAAUGAAUAUAAAGAGGAUCCAAAAUUGCUCUGUGUUGCCUACUCUGCUGUGGGAAAGCUGUCGAGCCGCAUGCCGCAGCUCUUCACAAAAGAUAUAGCCCUCGUUCAGCAGUUUUUUGAAGCCAUGUGUAAGGAGGACCCAGAGGUCAGGCUUGCCAUCCAGGAGGCCCUGUCUAUGAUGGUGGGUGCCUACGCCCAGCUGCAGGGAGCACUGCUUAACCUCAUGGAGGCACUGGUCGCUGCCUACAUAGGAAAGCCGGAGGUGCAAGUUCGUCAGGUGGCCAUGAAGUUUGCCAGCACAGUGUUUGCCCCCGAUCACGUCCCUUCCAGAUACCUUCUGCUGCUGGCUGCCGGAGACCCGCGAGAGGAGGUCCACGGUGAGGCCCAGCGUGUCCUCAGGGCCCUCCCAACCCAGAGCACUGAGAAGGAGGGCUCAAAGCCCAUGCCCUCCUUCCCGGAGAUGGUCAGCUAUAUCCAGGAGAAGGCGGCCCAGAGAAUGAAAACUCCAGCGAAGUACAUCGUUGGAACCGCCACUCUCCCUUUCAACCCCUCUGCUUUUGGAGAGAUUAUACUCUACCUGCGGAUGUGCCUUGCCCACAGUGCGGGGGCCACGCCCACCUCUCAGAGCCUGGCGGACAUGCAGGACAACGCCCCGGCCAUCGGCCGCUACGUGCAGAGCCUGCUGUCGUCCGAGCCGCCCCCGUCCUCCUCCGCCCCCAAGGGCGGCGAGUCCAACCCGGUGCAAGUGUACAUGGACCUGCUGCAGCAGCUGCUGUCUGCCAUCGGGGGAAUCCCAGUGAUGUACUGCCUAGUAGAAGUGGUGUCAGUCUAUCCUCAAAAACUUGCUCCUAAAUUCAUUGACAAGAUUGACUGGAUUAAGAGUCUGAUGAAUACCAAUAAAGAGGACAUGCGUGAGCUUGCAGCCCAGCUCUAUGCUGUGGUAGUGUCCACCAUGUCUGGCAAUGAACUAAGGGCUGCCGUGCAGAACCUUGUUAAAAUCACAAAAGAUAAUCAUAGCCCUGAAACCCAGCACGGUGCCAUUUUGGCUCUAGGUUACAUGGUCGGGAGGUACUUGAGCAAAAGGAAGUCCUUAGCCUGGAGUGACUCGCACAACCAGGAUCAGCACAUGAGCGCCACUCCCACAGAGGAUGAAGAGCUCAUCCGUCUGGCCACCAACACCAUUGGUUCCUUCCUGGAUAGCAGCUCCCCCCUGCUGGCCCUGGCUGCCUGCACGGCCCUGGGCGAGAUUGCGCGGAACGGGGCCCUGCUGGUGCCCAGCGAGGGGGAGGGCUUCACUAAGCUGCACGUGGUCGAGAACCUGCUGGCCCGAAUUCCCUCCGGGAAGGAGAGCUCUAAGAUGAAGGAGCGUGCCAUACAGACGCUGGGCUACUUCCCUGUGGGGGAUGCUGAGUUUCCACACCAGCAGAAGCUGCUGGAGGGGCUCAUGGACUCAGUGGAGGCGAAGCAGGUGGAGCUUCAGUUUACAGUAGGUGAGGCCAUCACCAGUGCUGCCAUAGGAACUAGCUCGGGGGCGGCCCGGGAUGUGUGGACCUGCACCGAAGAGGAAUACGCCCCCCCGGCCAACGUGAGCAACAAUGACGUGGUGCCCUGGGUCCUGAACACCAUUCUGACCAAGCACAUCAGCAGCCAGAAUCCUCAUGUGCGCCAGGCAGCCUGCAUCUGGUUGCUCUCCCUGGUGAAGAAGUUCAGCCAGCACAAGGAGAUCAAAUCUCAUCUGAAAGAGGUCCAGACUGCAUUCAUCUCCAUCCUCUCUGAUCCUGAUGAGCUGAGUCAGGACGUGGCCUCUAAAGGACUGGGCCUGGUGUAUGAGCUGGGCAGCGAGGAGGAUCAGCAGGAGCUGGUGUCUACGCUGGUGGAGACGCUGAUGACAGGGAAGAGGGCAAAGCAUGCUGUCUCAGAAGAGACGGAGGUCUUCCAGGGGGGAGCAUUGGGAAAAGCCCCAGAUGGUCAUGGUCUGUCCACCUACAAAGAGCUGUGUUCAUUGGCCAGUGACUUGAACCAGCCAGACCUUGUCUACAAGUUCAUGAAUCUUGCCAAUCACCACGCCAUGUGGAACUCCAGAAAGGGAGCUGCCUUUGGAUUUAAUAUGAUAGCAGCAAAGGCCGGGGAACAGCUGACCCCCUUCCUACCCCAGCUGGUUCCCCGUCUCUACAGAUACCAGUUUGACCCCAACCUUGGCAUCCGGCAAGCCAUGACCAGCAUCUGGGAUGCCCUUGUCACAGACAAAACUUUGGUUGACAAAUAUCUAAAGGAGAUUCUUCAGGAUGUUAUUUCCAACCUCACCAGCAGUAUGUGGCGAGUUCGGGAAUCAAGUUGUUUGGCCCUCAAUGAUUUGAUUCGUGGAAGGCAACUGGAUGACAUCAUCGACCGUAUUUCAGAGAUGUGGGAGACAUUGUUCAGAGUACGGGAUGACAUAAAGGAGUCGGUGCGGAAGGCAGCUGAUAUGGCCCUCAAGACCCUUAGCAAGGUGUGCGUUCGGAUGUGCGAGUCCUCUGGCGCGGCUGCACAGAAAACCGUGGGGGUGCUGCUGCCCACCCUGUUGGAUAAGGGCAUCAUGAGCACCGUGGUGGAGGUGCGCACCCUCAGCAUUCAGACUCUGGUGAAGAUCAGUAAGACUGCAGGUAGCAGGCUGAAGCCCCACACACCCCGCCUCAUCCCUGCCCUCCUGGAGUCCCUCAGCGUGCUGGAGCCGCAGGUCCUCAACUACCUGAGUCUGAGAGCUACCGAGCAAGAGAAGACGGCAAUGGAUACAGCAAGACUCAGUGCAGCCAAAUCUUCUCCAAUGAUGGAAACUAUCAACAUGUGCCUGCAGCACAUGGAUACAUCUGUCUUGGAAGAGCUUGUCCCCAAACUGUGUGACCUUUUGAAGAGUGGCCUGGGUCUGGGAACAAAGGGAGGCUGUGCCAGUGUGAUCGUGUCACUGACCGUUCAGUGUCCUCAGGACUUGGCACCUUAUUCAGGUAAACUGAUGAGCGCUCUGCUGAACGGAAUACACGAUCGCAGCGCCGUGGUGCAGAAGUCGUUCGCCUUCGCUCUCGGACAUCUCGUUCGGACUGCAAAGGACAGCAGUGUGGAGAAACUUCUGCAGAAGCUCAAUAUGUGGUACCUGGAAAAAGAAGAGGCCGUCUACAAGUCAUCGUGUGCUCUGACGGUGCAUGCCAUCGGCCACUACAGUCCAGACGUACUGAAAAACCACGCAGGGCUGGCACUGCCGCUGGCGUUCCUGGGCAUGCAUGAGGUCCCUGACGAGGAGAAGGGCGACAACUCUGACUCUAGCCUGUGGACGGAGGUCUGGCAGGAGCAUGUACCAGGAAGCUUUGGUGGCAUCAGGUUGUACAUGACAGAGCUGAUAGCCAUUACCCAGAAGGCCCUGCAGUCCCAGUCAUGGAAGAUGAAGGCGCAGGGGGCAGCAGCCAUGGCCUCCAUAGCGAAGGAGCAGACCGGGUCGCUGGUGGCUCCACAUCUGGGCAUGGUGCUGAGUGCUCUGCUGCAGGGGCUGGCUGGCAGGACGUGGGCAGGGAAGGAAGAAUUGCUGAAGGCUAUUGGGUCAGUUGUCUCAAAGUGCAGUGGGGAAUUACAGAAGUCUGCACCAGGACAGCCCAGCAUCCAGGAGGUAAUUGAGUUGGUGUUGAAGGAGUGCCGCAAGGAGAACCUGGGAUACAAAAUGGCCGCCCUACGAUGUGCAGCAGAUGUCCUGGAAUCCACCCAAGAGGACCGCUUCCAGGAGAUGGCUGACAUCCUGUUUCCAUUGAUAAAAAAGUAUUCCCCCACCAGUGCCCUGUCCCCAAAAAGCAAGCAGGAUGAGGAUGAGGACGACCCAGAAGAGAAGGAGAGAGAGCUGCAGACAGAGGCCCUGCUCUGUGCCUUUGAAACCCUUGGGAAGGCCUGGCCCAAAAACCCCUCAACCCAGGCACGGUACCAGAUGGAGCUGUGUCAGCUGAUGUGUGAGAGGCUGAAACUCAGCACAUGGAGGGUACAGCUGGUGGUCCUGAAGACCAUGAAGGCGUAUUACCAAAGGUUGUUACUUUUUGAGAAGGACCAUCAAGAUUCCACUGCACUGCUGGAAAUCUUGACAGAAACUUGCACUGCAAUCACAUAUCCAUUAGAAAACAAGAGUUAUUCCUCUGUGAGGACAGAAGCUUUGUCCAUUGUGGAACUACUUCUAAAAAAGGCAGAAGAGAAUGGAAAAUGGGACAGCCUGUCGGAGAAGAGCAGAGACCAGCUCGUCCACUCCCUCACCACCAUGGAGUCAGACAGCCGACCAGAGCUGAAGGAUAAGUCACUGGAACUCCGAAAGCAAAUCCAGAAUCACUCAUGAACUCUGACCCCCCCCC